AUGGCCCGCUCAGCAAAGCGUACAGCACCGGCUGCUACUACGCAUGCUGCCAAGAAGGCGCGCACGGCUCCUGCGCGACGAGACGAGGCGGGAGAGCUCGACGGAGACGAGUCGGAAGUCAACGAGUUCGAGGGACUUGGGGGGAGCGAUGAGACUAUGAGCGGCGAAGAGGACAGCUUGGAUGACAACGACGGACUGCUCGAAGCGCUGGAUGGGCAGGAAUCGGACGAGGAGGACGAGGAGGACUCGAUUGCAGGAGACGGGCAGGACGAGGGGAGCGACAUGGACAACCAGAUGAUUAGCGACGACGGAGAGGACCUGUACGCGAACCUGGAUCGCGAGAUGGGCGACGAGGAAGACGAGGACGAGGAGGAUGAGGACGAGGAGGAGGACCAGGACGACGACGGAGGAUGGGAAACGGUUGGGACUGCACCUUCCGCCCCGCUCAUUGCGCCUGCCGCCGCACUCGACAAAAAGCGCAAGGCCAAGGCCGCGAAGAAGCUCUCGCCGGCCGAGUUGCGCGCCCUCGCCUUUGCCGAACUUACCGCCUCGCCCAUCUCGAACGUCCUCUCGACCCAAGUAUCUGCGCUCCUCGACUCGCUUAGUCCGGCCGCAUCCUCCUCGUCUGCCCUCCAACCCAUCCUCAAGGACCUCCACACGCACAUCACGAGCCUGCCGAAGCAGAAGGCCGUCAGCCUCGACGGCUUGCGAAAGAAGGGCCGUGUUGUGCCGCCUGUUGAGGGGCACAACGGCAAGUGGGCGAAGAUGGAUCUGGCGUGGGAGAAGCCGCGAAGCGAGGACUUGCGCGUCACCGGUGCUUGGGCUUGGGGCGGAGGAUACAAGGAGAAGGGCGAGUAUAUUGUCGAGAUUGCCGUCGCGAUGCCCCAGUCCCUCUUCCAACCGAAGGACUACCUCUUCCCCCGCUUCUCCGUCAAGGCCGCUCACUACCUCGUCGUCCUCGCCUCGCUUCUUCCCUCCUCGCUCGGCCCCGUCAGGACUUCCUUUUUUCCUCUGCCCGGCUCUCUCGGCUAUGCGCUCGACAUCCGGACAGCAGUCAAAAAGGGCGAGGAGAAGGUCGGCUUGGCCAAGGCGAAGGGUGCCGUCCUGCGGAUCCGCAUCGUCGCUCCUGCUACCGUCUUCCCGACGAACAAGCUCACACCGACGGGCAACGUCGUUCGGCCUCCCUCGCUCCUCGCCUCGACGGAAGGCGACAACCCUCAACUCGAUCCCGCUUCUCUCCCUCCGACUCCUCUGCACUCGACUGCUCUUCACCUCUCAACUCUCUCGCUCUCAACGACCCACCUCAAGUACCACCACUCCCUCGCGACCUCCUAUCCCGCCUACGCCUCUUCGGUCCGCCUCCUUCGCAAUUGGGCCCAGCGGAGAGGCUACGAUGCCUCUCUCGGCCUCACUUCAGACUGGUGGGCAUGGUGUGUCGCGCGAAGCCUGAAUGUCGGUGGGAAGUCGGCGGCUGGAGAUGUGGCGAGUUUGGCGGCGGGCGGUGAGGCGUGGGCGGGGUGGAGGAAGGCGGUCGAGUGGCUUGCGAGCGCGAACUGGACGGAGGGGAUCUGGUUCAAGUCGAUGACCGACGAGACCUACUCGAAGGACGAGUUUCGAAGAGCCUUCAAGGGCAAGCCGCUCUUGGUCGACCCGACCGGCACAGUCAACCUCGCGGCCGGUAUCGAGUUGUCAACCCUCGAGACGCUCAAGCAAGACGCCAAGGAGACCAUUUCUUUGCUUCUCGCGGGAAUUGAAGACGAGCGCAAGUUCGACAGCGCCUUUGCCCGCGAAGUCCGCGUGACAGAGCGCUUUGACAACUUUGCUCGUAUCGUGGUCCCUGCGAAUCCGAAGGUCGACGCUGAUGCCGCCGUCGAUCACCCGAACUCCCUCUCCUACCUCGUGUCGUUGAUCCACUCCACCCUCUCCCGAGCUCUCGGCACGCGAGCUCGCGCCUUCCGCAUUACCCUUCCCCCGACUCCCUCUCUUUCCACUUCAGCACCUGCCCCGAAGGCAUCUUCAGCCGUCACCCUCUCGCUCGGACUCAUUCUCGACCCGUCAGACUCGUUGCGGCUUGUCGACCAAGGCCCGUCUGCGGAAGACGAGGAGGCAUGCGCCGACUUCCGCGCGUUCUGGGGCGCCAAGUCGGAGUUGAGGCGGUUCAAGGACGGCGCGAUCGUCGAGAGUGUCGUCUGGGACGAGCCGUCUGCCGAUGGCCUCGGUCCGCAGCGCAGCACAAUCGUCCGGCGCAUCGUCGAGUACAUCCUCGGCGAGCGGCACGGCGUCCCGGCAGCCAACAUCGACUUCUUCGCUGGCGGCAUGGACCACCUCGUCGUGGAACCGCUUGCAGUUCGGCGGCAGAUCUACCUCGAAGACUCGGUCGCGACCGGCAAGGGUUUCACAAACGUCAUCACCGCUUUUGAUGACAUCGUCAAGGAGAUGAAGGAGCUGCCCGACUUGCCACUCGGCGUCGCAUCCGUGCAACCCUGCUCACCCGGCCUCCGCUACUCAUCGACCUUCACCCCUUCUGCCCGCCGCCUGAAAGACUUCGAGCGACUGCCGCACUCUCUGCGAUACAUCGAGGCGCACGACAUGCUCCUCACGCUCGAGAGCUCCGGUCGGUGGCCGGACGACCUCGAGGGUAUUCAGAAGAUCAAGGCCGCCUUCCUGAGCAAGAUUGGCGAGGGUCUCGAGGCGACGCGAUCCGUUCUGCGGGCAGAAGUCGUCUUCGAUGUUGACGCACGGAGCAUUGACGACAAUGUCGCUCUCGAGAUUCUCACGGCGACUGGUUGGGCUUUCCGCGCCCGCAUCUUCUAUGACCGCUCGCAGCUCCUCCUCGAGGAGCGAGAAGAGCAGCUCGGCGACGCGGUGAACUCGUCAGCCAUCGCCUCUCCACUCGAGCUCUACCAACAGCGAUUCGUGCACGCCCCGAAGCACCACGCCGCCAUCUCGACUCUCCAGCACCACUUCCCCUUCUUCUCGCUCACCGUCCGUCUCUUCAAGCGAUGGGUCUCGUCGCACAUGCUGUCGGGAUACUUUGCCGACGAGCAGCUCGAGCUGCUUGUCGCUUCCGUCUUCAUCGACCCGGCCACGACCUUCAACCCGCCGAGCAGCGGUGCAACGGGAUUCGCCCGCGUCAUGGAGCGUCUCGCAUCCUGGAAGUGGCGCGACGAGCCUCUUCUCGUCCCCAUCUACACCUUCACUUCCGCCGUCACCUCGGGACGUCGCGCGGUACUGCCGACGACCAAGAAGGCGCAGGCAGUGUCGAGUUUCCAGGAACUGCGGCUCGCCAAGCCCAACAUUGACGAGCACGCGUGGAUCAUAGCGACCGAAGAGGACGUCGAGGGUACCGUCUGGGGCGUCGAGACGAACAAGGUCGUCGCGGCGCGGAUACGAGGACUCGCUCGCGCAACUUUGGCGACGCUCGAGGACGGUGUCGUCAGGGGUGGUCUCGUUGUCGAGCAACUCUUCUCGCCUCCUCUUGCCGACUACGCCUUCCUUGUCCACCUCGACGCCUCCCGCAUCCCCCGGCACUUCCAGGCCCUCUCGCCCGAAUCAGCGGCUCUUGCAUCGCGAUCGCGCUCGUCUGUUCUGUCAGGCUCGAUGAUGGGUGACUUGGAGGAGGAAGACGACGAUAUCCGAGUUGGCUGGGAUCCCGUCGCCGACUUCGUUGACCAACUAAACCGUCUCUACCCCUCCGUCUUCCUCCUUUUCCACUCUGAACACGGCUCGCCCAUCAUCGGCGGCAUCUGGCACCCGUCCGUCGAGUCGCCCCGCGCCUUCAGCGUCGGCCUGAGCUUCGCCGUCAAGCCUGUCGUCGCGGAGGAAGGCAAGGCGAAGGUUGUGCUGGACAAGAAGGCUGUCUUCAGGGAGAUCGAGCGCGUCGGGAAGGGCUUGGUCGUCAAGGUCGAGGAGCCGAAGCGGUAG